GUAGAAAAUUGCAGCGGCCCAAUAUUAUAAACGAAAAUUCAAGAUAGCCCAAUUUAACUCAGGCCCAGUCGAAAGGUCCAACCCAAUGAUGAAGACACGUGAAUAUCACGUGCCUAAUCUAAGCUGAAGAAUCUCAGCUCAGCCGUCGUCGUCGUCGUCAAAAUUGGACUCUGCGUUUCUGCUGCUUCCCAAGGCAAUGCUGAGGUGCUCUUUCUUGCCUCCUCGACUCAGCGUAGCUCGUUACAGCAAGAUGAGCACACCUCCUGGACCAAUAUGUCGAAAGUUUGUUCCAGUUGAGCAGAGUGAAGUUACUUCAAUCAGUAAAAGUGAUGGCUUCAAAUUCCGGCUUGUAUCUUAUAAUAUCUUGGCACAGGCAUACGUGAAAAGCAUUAUCUUUCCACACUCACCAGCUCCUAGUCUCAAGUGGAAAGCUCGUUCGCAGGCCAUUCUCACAGUUCUUAAGAGCCUCGAAGCAGAUUUUCUUUGUCUACAGGAAGUAGAUGAGUAUGAUACAUUUUAUAAGAACAAUAUGGCGAGCCUUGGCUAUUCAAGUAUCUACAUUCAAAGAAGUGGGAAAAAAAGAGAUGGAUGCGGAAUUUUCUAUAAACAGGACAAUGCAGAGUUGGUUAUAGAAGAGAAAAUUGACUACAAUGAUUUGGUGGCUACAGUUGAAGAUGAAAAAACAUCAUCCUUGGAUGAUGGCAACAAGUUGCUAGUUGGUGGAAAUAAAGAGGAGCCGAAAACUGGUGCCGAGAAAGAGAGUCCAUCAGAUCGCGGAGAUCCAAAUGAUCCUCGUGUAAGAUUAAAGCGUGACUGUGUAGGAACCAUGGCUGCUUUUAGACUUAAGAAUCCUACAUUUCACCAUGUUAUUAUCGCAAACACUCAUAUAUAUUGGGAUCCUGAAUGGGCUGAUGUGAAAAUUGCGCAAGCUAAGUACUUGCUUUCGCGUCUAGCAGAAUUCAAAAUGCUAGUAGCAAGAAAGUUUGACUGCUCGCCCUCAAUAAUUGUCGCAGGGGACUUCAAUUCAGUCCCUGGAGAUCAGGUGUAUCAAUACCUAGUUUCUGGCACAAGUGGUGCGGGGCCAGAGAGCGUGGAUGAUCUGCCGAUCCCAUUGUCAAGUGUGUAUGCAUUCGCAGGAGGGGAGCCGGAGUUCACGAACUGCACUCCCGGCUUCACAGGCACUCUUGACUACAUCUUAUUUUCCCCUAAUCAAGGUAUAAAACCAGUUAACUGUCUUGAGCUUCCAGUAGCAGAAUCCCCCGACAUAAGCGGCGGGUUGCCGAAUUAUUUCCAUCCCAGCGAUCACCUUCCCAUUGGAGCUGAGUUUGAAGUUGAGGCAUAGAUAUGAUGUAUUCAGCAUUGAGGCAUAGAUAUGAUGUAUUCAGCAAUGUAGAGUAGUAGUAGACUAGCUACAUUGUGAAAUUCUCAGUUAUAUCUUCUUUUCAAUUCUUUACUUUUUUAGUUGAUUGUACCUUUAAAUGAUCUUGAGAUUCAUUUAUAUGAAUCAUAUUCCAAAA